UUGAUCUCUCUCGCUUAAAACCGAUUCAACCCAACAAUGUCAUUCUCAUUGUCAAGAAGGUUCAGCUCUUUUCUUCCAAACCCCACUUUCCCUCUUUACUUUCACUCUCAGCCUCCGUCCAUUGACAAUGUUGUUGAUGAUGCUAUUUCCCAGUUCAAUGGCAUGCUCCUUAUGCAUCAUACCCCGCCCAUAGUCGAAUUUGGCGAGAUUUUAGGAUAUCUUGCAAAGAUGAAGCAUUAUUCCACUGCCAUUUCCCUUUCUAAACAAAUGGAAGUCAAAGGAAUUGAGCCAAAUCUUGUUACUUUGAACAUCCUUAUCAAUUGUUUCUGCCACUUGGGCCAAAUGUCCUUUUCUUUUUCUGUAUUGGGCAAAAUUCUAAAAUUAGGUUAUCAGCCGAAUACCAUAACCUUGACUACACUCAUGAAAGGUCUGUGUCUCAAGGGUGAGGUCCAGAAAUCAGUGCACUUUCAUGACAAGGUCGUAGCACAAGGAUUUCAGAUGAACCAGGUUAGUUAUGGGACCCUGCUCAAUGGACUAUGUAAGAUAGGAGAAACGAGAUGCGCCAUCAAGUUUCUGCGAAUGAUUGAAGACAGUUCAACUGGGCUUAAUGUGGUAAUGUACAACACCAUCAUUGAUGGUUUAUGCAAAGAUAAACUUGUAAAUGAGGCUUAUGAUUUUUAUUCUGAAAUGAAUGCUAGAGGAAUUUUUCCUAAUGUUAUCACUUACACUACUCUAAUAGGUGGUUUUUGCCUUGCGGGUCGGUUAACGGGAGCAUUCAGUUUAUUAAAUGAAAUGAUAUUGAAGAACAUCAACCCGAAUGUUUAUACCUAUGCUAUAUUGAUUGAUGCAUUAUGUAAAGAAGGAAAGGUGAAAGAAGCCAAAAAUUUAUUAGCUGUGAUGACGAAAGAAGGAGUAAAACCUAAUGUUGUUGCUUAUAACACUUUAAUGAAUGGGUAUUGUUUAGCUGGUGAAGUGCAGGGAGCAAAACAGAUGUUCCACGCUGUGCUCCAAAUGGGAGUAAAUCCUAAUGUUUGCAGUUACAGUAUAAUAAUUAAUGGAUUAUGUAAGAGUGAAAGGGUGGAUGAAGCCAUGAAUCUCCUAAGAGAAAUGUUACAUAAAUAUAUGGUUCCUGAUGCAGUGACAUAUAGUUCUCUUAUUGAUGGUUUGUGUAAAUCAGGGAGAAUUACUACUGCCUUGAGUCUUAUGAAGGAGAUGCACUACAGAGGUCAACCAGCUGAUGUAGUCACCUACACUUCCUUAUUAGAUGGUUUCUGCAAAAAUCAAAACCUUGACAAGGCAACUGCACUAUUCAUGAAAAUGAAGGAAUGGGGAAUUCAGCCAAACAAGUACACAUACACGGCACUUAUUGAUGGAUUAUGUAAAGGUGGAAGACUUAAGGAUGCACAAAAGCUUUUUCAAGAUCUCUUGGUUAAAGGCUGUUGUAUAGAUGUCUGCACAUAUAACGUCAUGAUCGGUGGGCUUUGUAAAGAGGGCAUGCUUGAUGAAGCAUUGGCCAUUAAGUCAAAAAUGGAAGACAAUGGUUGCAUCCCUAAUGUUGUAACUUUUGAAAUCAUUAUUCGUUCUCUUUUCAAGAAGGAUGAGAAUGACAAGGCCGAGAAACUUCUCCAUGAAAUGAUUGCUAAAGGCCUAUUACGUUUUAGGAAUUUUCAUGGUGAGCGAUCUCUAGAUACAAAUUAAGUUAUUGUGAAUUUUCAUGGUCAUUGCUUAUAAAUUAAUGGGAGCUUCUUGAAAGGACAGAACUUAUUUUUUGGUGUACUCAUUCCGGAUUGUGCGUUCCGGUGAGUAAUUUGUUGCUGCUGAUUUCCUGUACCUUUUAUGUUCUUACAAGGCCUUGCUGCUUCAAUGUUGUGAGUGACAAUUUUGCCGUGUGUCACCCAUUCCAACUGUCCUUUACUUGAGAAUAUAAUUGAAAUGUAUGAUUUUGAAUUGAUCCACCCAAUUAACUGAAAUCUAAUAUAACUUCGUUGUGCUUUGACUUCUAUUUGCACUUGACUGCAGUUGAACAAAUCUAUACUCACUCGCAUCCCAGGUGACUAGCAUAUUUAAUUUGAUUUUGAAACGUGAUUUCUUUUGAUCAUUUUACUAUGGACCGUCGAUGAAAUGUUUGGGGAAUUGGAAUUUGAAACUUGAAAGUUGGUGUUGACAUCCAAUGCUUAUAUAUCCCCAUAGUUCCAAGUGGAAUUUUAGUUUAAGUCACAGCUUAGUGUUGUUCACUUUGAAACAUUUGAUACAGAGCUUGUUGCUAUGCAUUAAGUUAGAAGAGCAUAAUUUGACAAUUAUAUAUUACAUAUAAUUAUUAUUUCUUUCUUUAUAUUUUUAUCAUUUUGUUCUAAACACAUUUUUAAAAUUACAUUCCAAAAUCUAAGAAAAUAGCUUUUUGCUGUCUGAUAUUUUGUUCACAAAACAUUAUCCUUAUGUUAUGUUGUGCUCUAAAAUGUACCCUACAUAAGCUGAAAAAAAAAUACUGAAUUAAGAGUACCUGCUAAAUUUUAAACAUUUCAGAUUGUUAUUUACCCAUUACUUUCUCAUUUCUAUGGAGUACGAUAUGAUAAAGUUUUGACUUUUAGGUUUAUUAUAGUAGCAGAACUACCUCAGGCACUGGAGGAGUGAUUGCACUAGUAGAAAUAUGAAGUACAAUACUGCCAAGUUUGAGCAUAACAAAUGAACUGCCAAGAUAUGAUCACAUUGGGACAAUGUCUUCUAUUUGGUGUUAUAUCCUCUUAGGAAUGUCACAUGCACCUUGGUUAGUGUUAUAAAUUAAUUCUGGAAAAAAGUGUCUUUAAAACAAAGAAAUGGAGCAAAAUCAGUUACGAUUAUGCAGAGAGAAACAAGAUAGCCUACACUAAAUUAGAAAGUAUUGCAAUAAUGUAAGAGCAGUGCUUGCUCAAGCCAAGGAUAAUUCCUAUGGCCCCAGAUAUAGCUUCCUUGGAGACUUAAAAGUUACAAUUGCUCUCGUUAUUAAUUUCUUGAAAAGAAAAUCUGACAUGAAAGCGAGCAUCAACAGGAAGAGGAUCCAAGUUGGAACAGGAGAGUGACUAUGGCUGCGAACAUGCAGAAUGUCGAUUUCGUUCAUGGGAGAGAAAUAGCACAACAAAAAGAGUUGCAGAAUCGGUCACAUGUGAAUCUUUAGUUGUUUAAUACGACCCAUUAGUUUAAAAUUUAAGAAGUUACUUUUAAUCUA